AUGCCACCGGUCGAGUCGAUCGUACCCCCUGCACUGUUUGCUCUUUCAAGCGCUGCCUUUUUCAAGGCAGUCCAUCUACCAUACAAGGGUCGGCUCUAUGUUGCACCACUGCUGUUUGGUAGUGCCGUGUUGUCACUACAGACCAGUCACUACUUGACAUGGCUUACUGGUAUGAAUGUACUGUGGGCUCUCUUCAAUUGCAUCUGGAUACACCAUGCCGCGUCUGUAUUGUACAUUGACCAGCUAAGCAUCCCCAGGACUGCGUCUCCCUGGAUCGCUGCCUAUAAGAUCUGGAACGACCCGCAGCGUCGCCUCAACCGGAUAGCCCUCCAGCGCAGGGAAGAGACCUGCUCUAACAGCAGGAGGAUAUGGUUCGCUUUUCGGCGCCUGUCCUGGACUGUGAGCUGCUGGCUGCUCCAGUUGUCCAUUGUCGGACCGUUGCUGUCCAUUUAUUUCACUUUCAAUGCUGAGGAUUUCGCGCCCUCACGACAAACCCUUAUCCGGCGUCUGCUCUCUCUACACCCAGAGCCGCCGUUCACAGUCCACGAGAUGCAGAUCCGGUUCUAUGUAUCAGUAUACUGGAUCUGGAUUGCAUAUCUGAUGCUUGAGCUGUGCAACACAGUACUCGCAUUCUUCUUUGUUGUCGUCCUGCGCCUGGAUAACCCGGAGGACUGGACUCCAUUAUUCGGCAGUCCGUUGCAAGCAUAUAGCAUUCGCCGCUUCUGGACGAAAUUCUGGCACCGACUGACCGUUGCGCCAUGCGUUUCUUCCGGCAGGUUGAUUACACGACGUGUAGCAGGUUUUCGGCCAGGCUCGCAGCAUGAGAAGGUCUUCAUCGCCUUCUGGGCGUUCUUGCUGUCCGGUAUCUGCCAUGUAGUCGCGGAUUGGGCAGCCGGGGAGCCAUGCUACCCAGUUGACGAUAUGUUCUUCUUCAUUGCCAAUUUCCUCGCAGGGGCUAUCGAGUCGGCGAUCGGGAAAAGGCUAGAACACGCUAUGAAGAAAAGUAAGAACAGCAAGGUUCGUUGGCUGUUCAGGUCGGGUAUUGUGAGGCAAAUCAUAGGUUAUGCCUGGGUUCUGGGUUUCAUGUUCUGGAUUACACCAAAAUGGCAGUACCGGAAGCUUCAUACUUCCUUGUUGGAACUUCAGAUCCAGAGCUGGUGA